AUGUCCCAUUAUACACCCCCGGCCUCGAAGGACGAGCGGCCUAGCAAGCUUCGGAAGCAUGCGCACCAUGGCUUCCCCUUCGCCACGGCCCCUGUGCCGCCGCCGCCGGGCACAGACGGCUUUGCCUCGCUUCCGCCUCGCUGGCAGCCUGUCGAGUACUCCCUCGUGGACUACCACCACCACGGGCCUGCCAUCUACGGGGAAAACGUCUGGCCCCAAAGCCAUGGAAUAGGUCAGAUGGACCACGCCUUUGCAAAACCCUUGCCCGCGGACGACCAGUCGGCACUCACCUUUUUCCCGCCUGCCUCGUCCCUCACCCAACCCUCUCCCCGGGCCUUGAGCACCUUCUCGUCGCCCUCCGUCGUCUCCCAGCCGUCCUCUGCCGGGUCCGCCGUCUCGCCCACCCAGACCGACUUCCCGUACGAGUGGAUGACGAGGAGGGCGUCGCCAUCCACGACCUCGUCCGUUACCCAGGCCGCCACCCAGCGACCCGUGAGCCGCGCCCAGAGCCGCUUCGUCUGCCUCGGGCCGCACUGCGACGAGUCCUUUGACCGGGAGCAAGACUACACGGCGCACUGCAAGACAGCCCAUACGCACACUUGUAACUGGGCAGGCUGCAACCGGCCAAGCUUCGCCACCAAGGACGGCCUCGCCUGGCAUGUCAAGCUGGAGCACCUCCUUAUCUGCCCCGCCCCAGGCUGCACCGAGAGUUCCUUCCAGACCAAGCAGAUCCUCGAGAGCCACGUUAGAUGUGCCCACACGGAGGCCGGCGGUGACGGGAAAGGCAAAGGAAAGGAUCUCAAUACAACAGCAGCAACAACGACGACGACGACAACAACAGUGACAAAGCCCAUGGCCCAGAUCAUGGUCUCCACCAGCUCGUCCCAGGCCUCCCACGCCGUUGCGGCGCCAUCUCAAAACCCGAACGAGGACCGGGCCAUCAAGCAGAUACUAUCUGUGGCCGUUUCCAAGAAAAAGUGCCGCGAACAGCUGAGGAACGUGGUCGAGAAGAAGCUCAGAAGACAACAAGGUCAAACCCCACGAACAGCCGACUGCCCGAGCGACUUUUCUCGGGCCCGCCUCUCCCGCCUGGCCGAGGCCGCAGGCUUCCCCCUCGUCUGGGAACACGGCGUCCUCCCCUUCCUCGUCGAUUUCAUCCCCAAGUGGUGCGGACCGAACCACGUCGUCAGCGUCACCCGCGGCAAGACGCCCGGCUCCCGGCAGAUCUGCAUCAUGACCAGGAAAGAGCCGUCCCGGACCCGCCGCAUCAUCAUCGCGGCGCACGUCAGGGACCUGCUCCCCGAGAACCACCGGGCCACCGUCACCUUCGCCUUCGUCACCGGCGCCGUCGGCCGCAUGGUCUGGGCGCGCGGGCUGAGCGGGGAGAUGCCGGACGAGGUCUGCAUGGCCCGGAACCCGUACUACUUCAAGAGCCCGUGCAUGGGCGACAGCAUCGGCAUCGACGGCACCGCCGACUUCAAGGAGAGCACAUCCACCCUGGGCCCCUGCCUGCUCGUCGGCGGCGGCAGCUACUGGCUCGCCAACUUCCACCCCUUUGUCGACGCGUACCAGCACCUGGCGUCCGUCAGCGUGGAACAUCCCUCGCCUAGCGACCGAGCGGGAUGCAUCGACGAGCGGCACGACACCAUGCCAGACACGGACUUCACCAUCGGCCAUCUCACCGCCACGUCCGGCAUCGACCUGAAGACGACCCGCAUCUCCCACGACCCUUACUGGGAGGAGUGCGACAAGGAACCCCCCCUGGUCGUUACCGACUGGAUCCUCAUCGCGUCCAAGACGCGCCAGGCCAAUAUACUUCGCCGGUUCCCCUCCGACACCAUGCCUCUCCUGAAGGAAGUCCCCGUGAAGACGACCAGCGUCGUUGUCCCGGGCGCCACCGUGGUCUCCACGGGGCGCACCUCGGGCCACCAGCGCGGCCAGGUUUGCGAGAUCCCCGCCUACGUCAGCGCGGACGAGAACGGCACCGGCAAGGCCACGCGCGAGUGGUUCGUCGAGGAGCCCUACCCCUUCGACGACGAGGAGGGCUGGAUCCGCGGCGGCAUCGGCGUCGAGGGCGACAGCGGCGCCGCCAUCGUCGACGCCGACACCAACGCCCUCGUCGGCCAGCUCUGGGGCCGCAACAAGUACUUCGGCGCCGGGCCCCGCCUGACCUUCUUCACCCCCGUCGGCGACCUCUUCGACGACAUCCAGGAGCGGUGCGGCCAGCAGGUGCGCCCGCAGCUCCCGCAGUACCGCGACGAGUCCGACUGCUACCCGGUCGACCCCAGCUGCAGGCAGUGCUUCGAUCUGCGCACCUACCUCGACAGCAGGCGCAACUCGCGCGAGUCGCUGCGCUCCAUCGUCGGCCGCAACAACGAGAGCGAACACGGCGGCGACCUGACGUCCGUCGGGGGCACAUCGGAGCUCGCGACACCAAAGGACCACCACGCCUUCUGGCCCCGCAGCUCGGGCGUCGAGGAGGUCGGCUCGUCCUUCGCCAGCUUCAUGUCGCCGCCGUCCGCUGCUGCCGCCGCCGUCGCCGCGCCGUCCUUGGCCUUCACCCCGCAGCCCGGCACCCCCGGCAUCGUGGACGUCAGGAGCCCUUACGCCCUCACCCUCAGCGCCGAGGAUCUUUACGACGACGAGGGUUACACUCACGCCAUGGCGGACGCCGUCCCCGGAAAGCGUGCGGCCGCCGCGGUGCCCCUUGCGCGGAGCUCAAGUCAGAAUGCCAAGAGGCAGAGAUUGCAUUAA